AUGAUGUCGCAAGGUCUCCGGCGCAUUGCGCAGACACCGCGGCCAUUUCAGAGAUAUUCAAUUGCGCAAACAAGGAAUCUUGCUACUUCUGGCACAUAUCCCUCGAAGAUCCUCGGUGUCGAUUAUAAUAAGCAAAUCGAAGUUCUCGACGCCUUGAAGCGACGUUCGCAGCGCCCAUUGACCUUGACGGAAAAGCUACUCUAUAGUCAUUUAAUCGUUGAUGGCGAGCGCGAUUGGGACUUGGAAAAGAUUGAUCGUGGAAAGACUAUCCUUGAGUUGCGGCCGGAUCGCAUUGCUUGUCAUGAUGCCACAGCGACAAUGGCUCUGCUACAAUUCAUCAGCGCUGGUCUUCCGCGCGUGAUGACCCCGACGACGGUACACUGUGACCAUCUGAUUAUUUCCGAAAAGGGCGCAAAGGAGGACCUACAGCGGGCUAUCUCAGAGCACGCCGAGGUAUAUGAUUUUCUCAGUAGCGCGUCAAGGAAAUACGGGAUUGGCUUUUGGAAGCCUGGUUCUGGCAUCAUUCACACCGUGAUUUUUGAGAACUACGGAAUGCCCGGUGGACUGAUUGUUGGAACCGAUUCACACACUCCAAAUGCUGGUGGACUGGCAAUGAUCGGUAUUGGAGUUGGAGGUGCUGAUGCUGUCGAUGCGAUGUCUGGGAUGCCAUGGGAGCUGGUCGCUCCGAAGGUCAUUGGUGUCAAUUUGACUGGCCAAAUGCAGGGCUGGGCAUCGACGAAAGACAUCAUUUGCAAGCUGACUGGUAUUUUGACCGUCUCGGGUGGUAAGGGCUCGGUUAUUGAGUUCUUUGGCCCUGGCACCCAAACAUUAGGAGCUACAGCGAUGGCGACCAUUUGCAACAUGUCAGCAGAAGUUGGAUCAACAUCUUGCAUCUUCCCUCAUUCACCUGCGAUGGAUCGCUACCUGGCCGCUACGAAGCGCGACUAUGUGGCAAAGGCGGCCAAUCAGGUCCGCGACCUUCUCCUCACGGCAGAUGAAGGGUCCCAUCAGUACUAUGAUCGAGUUAUUGAUAUCGAUCUUUCAUCACUGGAGCCGCAUGUUAAUGGACCUUUUACACCGGAUCUGGCUCACCCCAUCUCUCAGCUUAAAACUGCUGUCGCUGAAAAGGACUGGCCCAUUGACUUGAGCCAUGCCAUGGUCGGCAGCUGCACGAACAGCUCAUACGAGGAUCUCGACAAGUGCCGACAGCUUGUGCGUCAAGCCAAGGCUGCUGGGGUUCCUAGGUUUAAGAUUCCCUUCCUUUUGACGCCAGGAAGUGAGCAGAUCCGAGCCACCACCGAGGCCGAUGGCAUUCUGGACGAGUUGAGGGAUGCCGGCGCCGUCAUUCUUAGCAGCUCCUGUGGACCCUGUGUUGGCUCCUGGGACCGCAAAGAUGUAAACGUGCGAGGCAAAGAAAAGAAUUCUGUGAUUUCAAGUUAUAAUCGCAACUUCAUCGGUCGCCAUGACAGCAAUCCUGCAACUCACUCCUUUGUGGCCUCCCCGGAAAUCGUCACGGCUUUUGCCUAUUCCGGUCGUCUUGAUUUCAACCUCGUCAUCGAUGAAAUUUCUGGACCUGAAUCAACAUUCAAGCUGGAGCCGCCGGUCAGCCAAGAACUUCCCCUGAAUUUCGAAUCCGGUGUCGAUACAUUCCAGGAGCCACCAGCAGACGGCUCAUCCCUCUCCGUUGUCGUUGAUCCAAAGUCAGAUCGUCUGCAACUGUUGACUCCUUUCCAACAAUGGCAAGCAGGCUGUGCCAACGAAAUGGAAAUUCUAUUCAAGGUAGCGGGAAAAUGCACAACGGAUCACAUCUCGCCCGCAGGACCAUGGUACAAAUAUCGUGGUCACCUCGAGAAUAUCAGUCACAACAUGCUUACCACUGCCACAAAUGCCUUCCUUCCGAAUGAUCCUCAAAUGCUUGGCCAUACCAAGAGCCCUCCGACCGGAAAGGUGGACGUGGUUCCAGAAGUCGCCCGGGAGCUCCAGAAGCAGGGUGUCCGUUGGUGCAUUAUUGGAGACAACAACUACGGUGAAGGUAGCUCUCGUGAGCACGCCGCACUUGAGCCGCGUUUCCUGGGCGGAACGGCAAUUAUUGCCCGAUCCUUCGCUCGGAUCCAUGAGACAAACUUGAAGAAGCAGGGUAUGCUCCCGUUGACUUUCGACGAGCCGGCGGACUAUGAUCGCAUCGCAGAGGGCGAUCGCAUUUCCUUGCUUGGAGUCGAAGAGGGCGAGCUUCAGCCUGGCAAGCCCGUUACAAUGAGCGUGACAACCAAAGAUGGUUCGACUUGGGAGGCUCAGCUGAACCAUAGCUUCCACCAGGGUCAGCUUGCAUGGCUUCGGGCCGGCAGCGCUUUGAAUCACAUUAAAGCCAAGACAGCCAGUCUGUAG